AUGGUGGAUGUUCCUGGGCUCAGUGUGUCUGGCUUGUUUGCUUCUGUCUUCUUUGUCCUGCUGUUCACGAAGCCACCAGAUGAAUUUAAAGUGAUUGGUCCUGCCCAUCCCACCGUGGCCAGACUGGGGGAAGACGCCAUACUACCCUGCUGGCUCCUCCCCAAGAGGACGGCGAAGCCCAUGGAGGUGACUUGGUAUCGCUCGGAGCCCAGCACACAGGUGCUCGCGCUGCAGGACGGAGCUGAGGUGACAGAGAUGCAGCUGGAGGAGUACAGAGGCCGGGUCAGGUGCAUACAGGACGAUAUCGCUGAGGGGCGGGUGGCCCUGAAGAUUGACAACGUCCAGCCAUCUGAUAAUGGGCAAUACUGGUGCCGUUUCCAAGAGGGGUACUACAUUGGGGAAACAAGCUUUUUGCUCAAAGUUGCAGGUCUGGGAUCUUCCCCUGACAUCCACAUGGAGGGGUCCGCAGGAAGUGCAGCCCAGGUAGUGUGCACUGCAAAAGGCUGGUUCCCAGAACCCCAGGUUUAUUGGGAGGAUGUCACAGGAGAGAGGCUGCUGACUCUCUCUGAGCAUCACAUCCAAGAUGAAGAUGGCUUGUUCUAUGUGGAAGCCUCUCUUAUGGUUAAUGCUGCUUCUGUAGGGACAGUGUCGUGCUUCAUCCACAACCACAUCCUCACAGAGGAGAAGAGUUCAGCCAUCUCCAUCCCAGAGAAACUCCAGAAUGAGCUUGCUUCCUUAAAAGUGACUGGACCUUCAGAGCCCAUCCUGGUCAGAGUGGGAGAAGACAUACAGCUAAACUGUUCCCUGACCCCCAGGGCAAAUGCCCAGAGCAUGGAGGUGAGGUGGGUCCGAUCCCACCGUUACCCUGCUGUGUAUGUGUACAUGGACGGGGACUAUGUGGCUGGAGAGCAGAUGGCAGAAUACAGAGGACGGACUGCCUUGGUGACCAAAGCCCUCGAUGAGGGGACAGUGACCCUGCAGAUACAGGAAGCCAGAACUUCAGAUGACGGGUGGUACCGGUGCCUCUUUGAAAAAGAUGGUGUCUACCAGGAGGCCAGUUUGGAUGUGAAGAUAAUAGCUGUGGGUUCAUCCCCACGGAUUACCAUGGAGGGACUGGAGGAAGGAGGAUCACAGCUGGUGUGUACUUCAGAAGGAUGGUUCCCACAGCCUCAUGUGCAGUGGAGGGACCAGAAAGGGGAGACUGUGCAUUUGUCUUCAGAGGUCCUGACUCAAGACAGCCAUGGGCUGUUUCAGGUGGAGACACGCCUGGUCCUUAAAGACAGGUCUGUUGUCAAUAUGACCUGCUCCAUUAGCAACCCUCUCAUUGGUGAAGAGAAAAUGACAACUUUUCUUUCCUCAGCCAUCGUCACCACUAUCAUGGUGCUUGUCAUCGUCAUCAUCGUGGUCCUGAUCCUGCCUAAGAUCUACAAAAGGUAUGGGAUGCCGGGGCUUUGGGGCUGGUGUCUGCCAGUGUCAGACAAAUGA